UGUGGUCUUGAGUUGAAAACUGAAAGAUAGUGUUAUUUUGAAAUUAAAACAAAUUAAAUAAUUCUUAAAGAUCCAAAUCUCAUUUUGAAACACAAAGAGCGAAGAAAUCAUUGGACUUGUUCCUCAUGAAAAGUUUUUGUCCAAUUUGUUGAUGCCAUCAUUUAUACAAUUUGGUAUUGGUGGACUUUCAAGGUUACAUGUAUUAGUGGAAUCAUUUUUUUAUUGAUUCCAAACUCCGAAUACAAAAUAUAAACAACGUCCAAAAUCAACUGGGUUCAAUUUGUUGACAUUUUUCUGAGAUGACAAUGCAACAAUAUUGCCUUAGAUGGAAUAAUCACCAGCCCAAUUUUAUUUCCGUAUUUUCUAGUCUAUUGAAUAGUGAAUCAUUAGUUGAUGUAACAUUAGCAGCAGAAGGAAGACAUUUACAAGCCCAUAAAGUAGUUUUGUCGGCAUGUAGCUCUUAUUUCCAAUCUUUGUUCACAAUUAAUCCAUGCCAACAUCCAAUUGUGAUUCUUAAAGAUGUGAAGUUUGUGGAUCUGAAAAUUAUGGUUGACUUCAUGUAUUAUGGAGAGGUUAAUGUGUCACAAGAGCAGCUACCACACAUUCUCAAAACUGCGGAAAUGUUGAAAAUUAAAGGACUGGCAGAAAUCCCUGUGGAUCAGUCCAUCUCUAGACAAGACAACACAUCUGAUCGAGCUGAACUUUUAACAACAGUUGACACAAGUUGGAACAAUGAGCCGAUUCAAAAUCAAUCUUCACCUUCUCCCUGCCCGUCUUCGCCUUCAUGUAGAAGAAAACGAUUACGGAAAUCAUCAACAGGCUCUGGAUCUGGUUCUUUAGAAAAAUCAGUGGAAGAGUCACAUUUAGGGGAUUCCGCUCAUACUAAUAUCAGUGUGGAAACAGUCAUCAAAUCAGAUCCUAGCUACAAUAUGGAUAAUAUAACCAGUCAAAAGAAGCAGAGCAGUAGUGAUUCCGAGCUGCAAAGAGGUAGUUCUCAUGAAAGUAGUGAGGGAAGUUUGAAACAGCACAUUCAUUUGCCUAUAUCCCAGCAAGAAUACACAACCAUACAAACUAUAACUGAUACAAAUAUCGAAGUGCCGAAACCCUCAACCAGUACAUCCCAUCCGUCAGAUUGUCAUAAACCUAAUGUAACUACACACGCACAACUAUCUCAACAGUUUAUACAUCACAGCCAACUCGCUAUGGGAACCAAACGAGGACGAUUCCUCAUGAGGCAACAGCGAAUCAAAAAAGAAAACGAUGGCAAUCAUCCAUGUGAUGGCGAUCCUCCUUCCGUCCAUUACUUGGCAGUUCCACCGAUGCGUAUGGAGAGGCAAUGCUCCGAUCCUUUACCCACGAACUCUCCACCUCCUGGCAGUUUAUUAGCAGUUCCUGGUUCCGUCUUGUUGAAGCAGCACUCCCAUCCUCUUUUAUUGAGUCAGUCAAGAUCCUUUUCACCACCUUCGAAUAUUCAUUCUUUCGUACACUCCUCGAAGCUCGGAGAUCAAGCAGAAAGGGCGAUGAGUCCAGUUGUAGUGGUAACAGAUCCAUUGUCCGUAUCUCAGGAACUUCCACUGAAAGGAGAUAUUCCUCAGAUGCCGACAGCUACAUUGAGAGUUAGGACAGAUGAGCUAAAAAGGAGUGUUUCGUCUCCACAGACUAGCACCAGAUCUACCCAUUGCCCCGUUGUGAGACCUGGCCCAGCGCUAGGUUGCAACUACUGCUGGAAUACAGUAGACGCUCAUGGGCGAAUAUUGAGAAGAAAAACCAAAUAUCACUGUCCAGAAUGUCAAACCAACCUAUGCAUAGUUCCGUGCUUUCAGGAGUACCAUGAAAGACACAUGAAUCCCAGUCAAACUGACCCUAUUGCACUUACCACAUCAGUCAUGCGUGUUUUUCCUAAAACUACUUCGAUGUGAAACUGUUGAAAGUUGAAAUUCCGAAUUUUAUAAAAGUUGUUUACUCGAAAACAAUCCACAGGGAUACGAGGAAUUUGAACAAUGGUGAUAAAUGAGAUUGUGAGACAUAUUUUAUUGCCUCAAAUAAUUUGACAAAUGGCUCUCUUUUAUUCCAUUUGAAUUUGUUCAAGUACUCAUCAGAGAACGUAGUGAUUAUUGAAAUAAAUCCUAUACCUGUGAAGUUUUUCAUAGAUGAUUGCUAUUUAAAAAAAUUAAGGAUGAAGAAGCUGAAUGAAAAUACAGGAACAAAUUGAUUGAUUGGGCAGAAAAACCGUUAUAUAACAAUUUAUACUAAAUGUUGCAGUUUUUAUGGCAGAAUGCCUUUAACAAUUGGAUUGACUCAGAGAAAUCUAUUUUAUUGAAUCAGAUUAUCUGGUUGUAUGUUGUUUACAUUAUUUGAGAAAUUUUAAAUAGCCGACCUUGUGAAGUUUUUGAAAUGAUAAUUAUAUAGUAGUGAUGGAAUACUUUAUAACUUACCAAAGAUUGGUAUUGGUAACUCAAUUUCCUACAUUUGAAAAUUCAUUGUUGAUACAUAUAUUUUUUAUGAAGAUAUUUAGCUAUGUGGAAGCUGUUAGUCCAAGUUUCUUCUUGAAAUUUAUUUUCGAUACCUGAGAAGUAUUAUUCAUUGUAAAUAUAUGUAUAUAGUUUAAGUGUUGAUGAAUUAUUGCUAUUUUUCUGUUAAAUUAAAAGUUUAGUCUAGACAAAUGUUAUAUACUAUCACAAUGUAAAUUCGUGAUAUAUUGUUGUAGGCUUUCAUGGCUGUAAACAUUGUUGGAUAUCCUGGCUACUUUUGAUUAACCAGGUAGCAUUUUGUUUUUAUCAAACUGAACAGUUUAGUUAUGACUCAUAUGGCUGGUGCUCUUUAAAUAUUUCUGAAUUUUCUGAAAGGCUGGAAAUUUCAAACCUAGGAAUAUUCAGCAAUGUUGCAAAUUGAAUAUUUAUGGAAAAUGACAAGUUAAUGUUACUUGAGUUUACUAAAUGGUGCAUCAUACCAAAUUAUUUAUUUUUAACAUUUCAUCAUUCCUUUGUGAAGGACGCAUUGAAAUGUGAUAGUUUUUUUGGUUCGUAACAUUUUUUGAGUAGUUUGAUCUUUAUCAGAGAUGUAUAAUUAAACCCAAAUGUUGUAAUAUGGUAAAAACCAGUUGAAAGCUUUCGAUGUAUUGAAAAGAAAUAUUUCAUGGUGUAAAUAAGAUGGUAUAUUUUUUGAAA